AGUUAAAGUCCACACAUCUUAAAGUUGCUAAGGUUGAGAAACACUGGUCUAAACAGUCUCUGGAAUUUAUAGCCGGCAUACCCAGAGGCUGGGUAUUUGAAUACACAUGAAGACCAAAUUAGGAAUGCUGCAAAGACUUUACUAUUCUUUCACUCACGCCUUAGAAAUGCAGGCCAAAAUUUAGCAGCCUCCUCAAUUCUAAUUUCCUGUAGACUUGAGAAACACCUACCAACCCCACGUGGGGAGAGAACAGAAAAAUGCUGAUUUACUUGAACGAAAAUCGGAAUGCAAGAGAGGAAUGCAUGCCAAGGAUGGGAACCUCCACCAGCGUGGGGAAACAUUGCGUAACGAUUCAGCGCGUCCUAUUCUUAUCCCAGAUCAGGGACACUGUUGGAUUACUUAAUCGUCCCGUCCGGUCCACACUGCACCAUUCCUCUUCAGCAGCAAAGCAACUUUUCUCCGAAUGGCUGUAUUAUGUGAACCAAGCCGGCCGCCCCGGUUUUCACGCAAGACAGAUUUCUAGAAUAGUAGCUUGCGUAGCAGAAGAGGAUGAGUCGCUCACGCCCCAAGGUAAUAGUUAUGCCCGUGUGCGAGCUGUGGUGAUGACCCGUGAUGACUCAAGUGGUGGAUGGUUACCGCUUGCAGGGGGUGGACUGAGCUGCGUCACGAUUUUCAAAGUCAUUCAACAAGAAGAAAGUGGCUGUGCUGAUUUUCUUGUACAUGGGGAGCGUCUCAGGGAUAAAACGGUGGUUUUGGAGUGUACGUUAAAGAAAGGGCUUAUUUACAAUAAGGUUACGCCAACUUUUCACCACUGGAAGAUUGAUGACAAAAAAUUUGGCCUCACAUUUCAAAGUCCUGCCGAUGCAAGAGCAUUUGAUAGAGGAAUUCGUAGGGCUGUAGAGGAUAUAUCUCAAGGUUGUCUAACCUCACAUGAUGAAAUCGAAGUGCCUACAGAUGGCUUUCCAGCAAUUCCAGAAAACACAUCAAGUUUGCUAAUGAAAGAUCAGAUUUUCCGACAUGAAUCUCUAGCAAGCAAUGAUCCUCAUAAAAGCUUAAGUAUAAGACCCUCAGUCUUUGAAGAUUUGAACACCAGAAGAUCGUAUUUCCACAGCCAGCCGAACCAGAUACCCCAGAAACCCGUCAGGAGCGUCACUUUUCAGGAUGAAGAAGAAAUUGUUCGAAUAAACCCCCGUGAUAUUUUAAUACGUCGCUAUGCAGAUUAUAGACAUCCUGAUAUGUGGAAAACUGACUUGGAUAGGGAUGAAAUAGAUUCCUCGCUGCACUGCCCUAAAGCAGACCAUAAAAAGUCUGACUAUCUGUACCCGUCUGGAGAUGGACCGAAACUGAAUUCCCUAAAAGAUUCAAAGAGUUCUGUGGUACUUAAAACACAGCCUCCUUCUAUCAAAUUAAAAAAAUCGAAAAAAAGGAAAGAGGAUGGUGAGCGCUCUCGCUGCAUAUACUGCCAGGAGAGGUUUAACCAUGAAGAGAACGGCCGGGGCAAAUGCCAGGAUGCUCCAGACCCGAUUAGAAGAUGCAUCUACCAGGUUAGCUGCAUGCUGUGUGCCGAGAGCAUGCUCUAUCACUGCAUGUCGGACUCUGAGGGGGAUUUCUCUGACCCCUGCUCCUGCGACACUAGUGAUGACAAGUUCUGCUUACGAUGGCUUGCCCUCAUCACUUUGUCGUUCAUUGCGCCAUGUAUGUGCUGCUACCUCCCACUGAGAGCGUGCCACCACUGUGGUGAAAUCUGUGGAUGCUGUGGAGGGAAACAUAAAGCUGCAGGAUGAAACAGUCCAGUGGAAAAAUUGGCUGACGAGUCUUUAUCGUUGGGAAGUAUCUAACUCAUGGAAGCGCUUGGCAAGCAGAAGGGAAAACCCACCCUGUAGGAAAGGCCUAUUGCGGAAGACGUGUCAGAACUGUUGCAUUGGACAAAUGCAAGCCAUGCCUAAUCUGCUUUUUAAGCGCAUGGAGCAAGCGGCAAAGGAGUUCUUGCGAAAUGAAAGCCUUUUCUUCCAAUUGGUAUUGGAAAGAAGUAUAAACUGCAGUCCAUACUUCAGCACUCUGUACAUUUUGUGCUAUAGGUGAUGGGGGGGGCGCUCUUUUGAAAUAAUCCAUUUGGCAGAAAAAUUAACUAAACCUGCACUAGCGAAAGCUGAUUUAAAACUAAAGGAAGUUAAUAUCUUGGCAGAGAUGAGAAAUUAAAUUGAUUUUCAGUGCAACUAAAUUACUUAUAAAUAGUUUUGGGAAACAGUUUUAUGUACAAAUAACAAAUGUUUAUAUUUAACAAAAUAUACGGUACAAAUUGUUAAAUCUUUCUUCCACUUUCCAGUUCAGCAGUUAUGGACCAUGUUUUCCAGGCACAUUCCGUGAUAGUAUUUCUCAGUUUUAAAUACCUAGUAUUUUUAUUCAGAUCGAGAAAUCAAUAUUUUCAGUCUUAUUUCCCUUCAACUACAUUUUUGUAUUAAUUUUCUUCUGUACAUUCUGGUAAUCUGAAAGCCUUUAAGUAUUAAUUAUUGUAGUCUGAUGACCAAUGUUUUGUUAAGCACAGAUAUAAUUGUCUAAUGCUCUUAUGAGAACAUAACAUUUAUUUUUAUAUAUAAAUAACUCUAAUUUCAGUGUAAUGGCAAGAUCCCCCCCCCCCACUUUUCUCACAGCCAGCAGAUUUUCUUUUAGGAUUUUCUCCUAAAAAUGUUGAUGACAGAUGUUUGGAAAAAGAAAAUUACCACUUGGAAAUUGUUUAAAAUACAUACUUAUGACUUUUUCAACUUGGUGCCAGUUAUUUCUUUAAACUAUGUUUCCAUUAUUUACUUUUAUUUGACCUACUACAAGUUAAACGUAUGCUAUAUGACAAACUGUAGUCCAGGUAGGAAAAGAAAGUGAAUUUCUUGUUGAAUGAAAAUGGAUUUUAUUUUGUCUUUGAGUUGUAGCAUAUUAAUGAAUAUGUUUAACUUAACAUUUGGCUGUGUGUUCUAAAUGCCAUUUCUGGUAAUUCCUAAAUGUUAUCUAUCAUAUGGCAUAAUAACAUAAUUAAGCAUAGAGGUUUUUUAUUAAUAAAAGUUUAAAGCAGUGGAGCAGUCAUUCAUUCAAGAAAGUUAAAGGGUGUGGAGGAGGGAGUAAAAUAUGUCUUUAAUAUGUUUUUGGAUUAAAAUUAAAAUUUCACACUUUUUAACAUCUCUGCUUCUUCAGAGAAAUAUACAUAUUUUCUUCUUAGGAUCAUGUUUCAUCAUACAAUACCCCUUCCACUAUACAUUCUACUUUUUUCAGAGCAUAGACAUCAAAACUGAACAAUUGUAUAUAACACUAUUUGUAAAAUACCUUUUUAAAAGGACAUUUAUAUUUAUAUGACAGCUUGAACUGACGACAUUGUGUACAUAGAUCAUCUUGAAGUAUUAUUUCACAUUGAAAAGAAGAGAAAUAUAUUGAUAACUAUAGAAGUUAAGAGCUUCUUUCUAGUUUUGUACUUUUAUCUACAAUAAAUAACCUAAGUCAGCAAAUGUGACCCUUUAGCAGCAGUCUCCUUUCCUGCAAUUAUUUUGUAUCUUUGAAAACUGCUGCAUAGGAUGUCUUUCAUGCUUCAUAUGGUCAGCUAAAUUUGGUUGCCUAGGCAGACUGUUAACUUUUUUCCCCGAGGGGGG